CGAGGAGGAGCGCGCGGGCUGCGGGCGGCUGGGGCACCGCGGGAGCGGCGGCGGCGGCUCUCGCAGAGGCGGCCGGGGCAGCGAAAGGUUCUCUCUCCAGGGCUGGACUUACUAACUUUGAAACUGUCCACCGGUGUCACGUCCUGAACAUGAGCCUCCUCCUCUCCUUCUACCUGCUCGGGUUGCUUGUCAGUAGCGGGCAAGAGUUAUUUAAGAGUACCAUGAUGGUGAGAUCUGAUUCAGGAGGACAAGUUUACCUUGAUUAUCACAACAGGCAGGGCCUCUUUGUUGACUGGAAAUACAAUGAAGCACUUUAUCUUGAAGAAGGGCAACCAGAGACUUAUUAUAGGACAGCUCUUCUUCAAGUGACAAUUUCACUUAGCAAAGUAGAGCUUAGUGUGGGAGAAUCUAAAUUCUUCACAUGUACAGCGAUUGGUGAACCUGAAAGUAUAGAUUGGUAUAAUCCUCAAGGAGAGAAGAUAAUUUCAACACAGAGGAUAGUAGUGCAAAAGGAAGGUGUUAGGUCACGGUUAACCAUCUACAAUGCAAAUAUAGAAGAUGCAGGGAUAUAUCGUUGUCAAGCAACAGAUGCCAAAGGACAGACACAAGAAGCUACAGUAGUUUUGGAAAUUUACCAAAAACUCACUUUCAGAGAAGUGGUGUCUCCACAAGAAUUCAAACAAGGAGAAGAUGCAGAAGUGGUUUGCCGAGUUAGCAGUUCACCUGCGCCUGCUGUCAGCUGGUUGUAUCAUAAUGAGGAAGUCACCACUAUUUCCGACAAUCGGUUCGCUAUGUUAGCAAACAAUAACCUGCAAAUUCUCAACAUCAAUAAAAGCGAUGAAGGUAUAUACAGAUGUGAAGGAAGAGUGGAGGCCAGGGGAGAAAUUGACUUCCGUGAUAUCAUUGUUAUUGUUAACGUGCCGCCAGCAAUCUCAAUGCCUCAGAAAUCUUUUAAUGCCACGGCAGAGAGAGGAGAAGAGAUGACAUUUUCCUGCAGGGCCUCAGGCUCUCCAGAACCUGCCAUCUCCUGGUUCAGGAAUGGCAAACUCAUUGAAGAAAAUGAAAAGUAUAUAUUGAAAGGGAGCAAUACAGAACUGACUGUCAGGAACAUAAUCAAUAGUGAUGGCGGUCCUUAUGUCUGUAGGGCCACAAAUAAGGCAGGAGAAGAUGAAAAGCAAGCUUUCCUCCAGGUCUUUGUACAGCCUCACAUAAUACAGCUUAAAAAUGAAACUACAUUUGAGAAUGGUCAAGUCACACUCAUAUGUGAUGCAGAAGGGGAGCCUAUUCCAGAAAUCACUUGGAAGAGAGCUGUGGAUGGCUUCACGUUCACUGAAGGCGACAAGAGCCCAGACGGCCGUAUCGAAGUCAAAGGGCAGCAUGGAAGCUCGUCACUGCAUAUUAAAGAUGUGAAGUUGUCAGAUUCAGGGAGAUAUGACUGUGAAGCUGCAAGUAGAAUUGGAGGGCACCAAAAGAGCAUGUACCUUGAUAUUGAAUAUGCCCCCAAGUUCAUAUCAAACCAAACAAUUUAUUACUCUUGGGAAGGAAAUCCUAUCAAUAUAAGUUGUGAUGUGAAAUCGAAUCCACCAGCAUCAAUUCACUGGAGAAGAGAGAAAUUAGUCUUACCUGCUAAAAACACGACCAAUUUAAAGACAUAUAGUACAGGAAGAAAGAUGAUAUUAGAGAUUGCACCUACAUCUGACAAUGACUUUGGACGCUAUAAUUGCACAGCCACUAAUCGUAUAGGAACAAGAUUUCAAGAAUACAUUCUUGCUUUGGCUGAUGUGCCAUCCAGUCCCUAUGGAGUGAAGAUCAUAGAGCUGUCACAGACCACAGCCAAGGUUUCUUUCAACAAACCGGACUCCCAUGGAGGUGUGCCUAUUCAUCACUAUCAGGUGGAUGUCAAAGAAGUAGCGUCAGAAAUCUGGAAAAUUGUACGCUCCCAUGGAGUUCAAACAAUGGUUGUUUUGAGCAACCUGGAACCAAAUACAACUUAUGAAAUCAGGGUUGCAGCUGUAAAUGGAAAGGGACAAGGAGACUACAGUAAAAUCGAAAUCUUCCAAACGUUACCAGUCCGUGAACCAAGUCCUCCAUCCAUACAUGGACAGCCAAGCAGUGGAAAGAGCUUUAAACUCAGCAUCACCAAACAGGACGAUGGAGGGGCCCCUAUUUUGGAAUACAUUGUGAAAUAUAGGAGUAAAGAUAAGGAAGACCAAUGGCUAGAGAAAAAAGUACAAGGAAAUAAAGACCACAUCAUUUUGGAGCAUCUCCAGUGGACCAUGGGGUAUGAAGUUCAGAUUACAGCUGCCAAUAGGUUGGGAUAUUCUGAACCGACAGUUUAUGAAUUCAGCAUGCCACCAAAGCCCAACAUUAUUAAAGACACGCUUUUUAACGGUCUUGGUCUUGGAGCGGUCAUUGGCCUGGGAGUUGCUGCACUUCUUCUAAUUCUUGUGGUAACAGACGUCAGCUGCUUCUUUAUUCGGCAAUGUGGGUUGCUGAUGUGCAUCACUAGGAGAAUGUGUGGAAAGAAAAGUGGCUCCAGUGGCAAAAGUAAAGAACUCGAAGAAGGAAAAGCUGCAUACCUGAAAGAUGGAUCAAAAGAACCAAUAGUGGAGAUGAGAACAGAGGAUGAAAGAAUUACUAAUCACGAAGAUGGGAGCCCAGUAAAUGAGCCAAAUGAAACCACACCACUAACAGAACCUGAAAAAUUGCCUUUAAAGGAAGAAAAUGGGAAAGAAGCUCUAAAUCCAGAAACUAUAGAAAUUAAAGUGUCUAAUGACAUCAUUCAAUCAAAAGAAGAUGACAGCAAAGCAUAACAACACUAUUACAGGGGCUUGAACAACACUACGAAGAGUAUUUGGAUUGCAGUGACCCUAUGACCAAAACUAUUCCAUUGACCUUAAUUUCUUGGGAAACUUCUAGCUUGGAAUAGCUUGUACACAUAUACAUAUGAUCAAAUACUCCUGCCCAUGGUCCAUUUCCUUUUGUUAUUGUUGUUGUUGUUGCUGUUGUUGUUAAUUUUAAGAAUUUCAAUAUCAAGACCUGACUGGCACCAACACUUUGGGUAUUCAAUUUGAUUAUAUGACUGAAGUACUGGAAUUCAUUAUAUGGCUCAAGUGCUCUAUUUAUUAAGAACUAUAUUUAAUACCACCAACAAAUAUAAGGGUUAAGGAAAAAAACGUGAGCUACAUGUGUAAGAAGGCUCUGCAUGUGUGUGAGUCCUAUUCUGGGCAAAUAGAUUCUUAAGGUGGCUUUCAACUUCAAGAUGAAGGCACUUAAUAACGGUUACUCAUUUUAUCAGGGGAAUUUCAGGGAAUAUAGGCUUCAAAGAGCCAGUUUAUCUUUAGCAGAUAUAAAAAAUUGAAAAUUUUGAAAAACUCAUUUCAAGCUAUGAUUCGGUGCAUUUUCAACAUUGAUUUUUGAUAGAUUGAAGUGCCAGAUCAAAAUUGUUACCCAUUUGAAAGAAUAUUAGUUGUAUAUAAAAUUAGAUUAGAAAGACUUUCUAAAUCUCUAUCUCUUUAUAUAUGUCCUAUUCAUUCACAAUGGAUUAUACACAAAAAAUGUAUUGCAAGUGAAAUAAUAUUGAUUUCUGCCCUCAGCUUCAAAUAAAUUGAAAUGGGAACAAUAUCAAUAUGGUGUCUUGAUAUAUUUAUAAAUAUGUGAUUAUCAUUUAUUUUUAAAUAACUUAUCAAAAAAGUCUUUAGUGUUCAAAUACUUCAAAUCAUAUCCUCAGAUAUAUUUUUAGCCCAUGGUUUUAUAUAAUCUUUGAGAACUAAUUUUACCACUGUUAUAGGUUCACCAUUAAAUGUAAUUGGCUACUAGAAAUUAAAAUUUUAGGGUUGACUAAAUUAAGAAGAAAUUAUUUAACAUUCUAAUGUGCCAUAAAAGUGUAAAUGAUAAACAGUUACACUUCCACUAUGUGUUCUAUUCUGGAUGUUCUAGCUAGAAGUCACUUUAAGAUUUUGAUAAACAAAUUGGUUAAAGAAAUUCCUUAAAUAUUCAACACAAACCUUCUGAUAUCUUUUGUUAGAGUUAUACCAGAAUAAAAUGCUUCUUUAAUUCCAAGCUAUGCAAGCUCCCAGAGGUGAGAGAGUGACACAUGAUUUAACUUAUAUGUAAGGUUUAAAAAAGUAUUUAUGAUUAUAAACAUACAUACCAUUUGGGAGCAGGUUUACUAACCUUGAGAGCCAAAGGUUUCCUUAGGCCCUGUAACAUUCAGAACCUUUGGUGUUUCAGCUCAAAUAGUGACGGGAUAGGGAAUGUGUUCCAAAAGAGUAUCGGAGCAAUUUUUAGCAUUGCAGAAACCUGCUUUGGGCAUUCGCUCUGUAGAGAUAACCUGAUGAUUAUUAAAUGUAAAAUUAAGGCAACUCAUGAAUAUUUUUAUUUAGGAAGUGCUUGAAACUGUCAGCCAAGGAGAGACAGCUAAGUAAUUUUAUAUAAUUCCUUACUUUUCUGGCUACAGCAGGACAGAAUAUGACCAUCUUCAUUUGAAGGCACCAAAUCGUCGCGGUGUCUUUGCCAUAAAUUGCAGGGUUAAAUGCAGGAAUCUCUCCUUGCGUUCCUGUCUGGCAUAUUCUGAAGAAAAGAACAGAAUUCUUGUGCCUACCUAAGAAUUUGAGAAGUGUCUAAACAAACAAACCAGUUAGGUCAUUUUAACUGACUUGAUUAUCCAACUGGUCUUUGACGGAUGUGACUGUUGUUAUUUAGUUUGUUUGUCUGAUCAUCCAGUUUGCUUUAUUUUGCUGUGUUUUAUUUUUUCGUUUGUUUUGUUUUGUACCAACGUACUAAAACUAGUCAAAAUACUUGAAUUAGUUUGUUUGUGCAAAGUGUACAAGCUUAGUAAAGUGUCCAUGAAGCAAUAGCCAUGAAUGAUAAUUAUUUCUAAAUAGGGCCACAUGGUUUUAAACUAAUGAUGGUGAAAGAAUUAGGAUGACUGAGAAAGUCAUUUCGCAUGUUUACUAUUGUUAUAUUUGUGCUUUACUUCAAGAGUGCAGAAAUCAUAAUAAAUAACAAACUAUUUUUGUCUUUUCUCAAUUUGACAUUUCUGUUUCUCUCAUUUAUUUGGAUUUUCCUUGUAAAGAAAUUGACAUAUAUUUCAUAUACAUAUAUAUAGUCUAUAUAUAUAUAUGAUGUUAAAUUUCCUGCCACUCAUGUGGAGUAAUGAUCUGAAAUUAAUAGAUAAUCUGAAGCUAAUUAUAGUCAGACUAUUUCAAGUGCACUGUUUCAGUUGCCCGAGUGGUCCUUACCUCUUGUCCUUGAAAUCCAUGCCAUGCUGAAGCACGGCAAUACUGUGAUAAAGUAUUUUUUUUAAUAUUUCAAUGGAAUGCUCCAAAUGAUUUAUAAGAAUUUCAAAAUAAAAGAUGGCUUGUAGUAAAUUGUAAAAUAUGAGUAGAACUGAAAUAACCUGUUUCAUUCUUAUUCUAGAUUAAACAUAUACAUAUAACCAUAUAAAUGUUAUUUUUAUUGUCUGAGAGUACUCUUAAAUAUUAGUAUGAAGUGUCAAAAGAAUUGACUGAAUAUAAGUGCUGUUAAAAUAAUUUGAACCCUGUGAUAUUUUAAACCAAGAGGCAAAGACAUCACCGAAAACUUGGUAUUUCUUGAUAAGUUAGGUGCAAUUAGGCAGUGACAAUCUAUAUUCAACAACAUAUAAGAGGAAGGAGUAAUAUCAGAAUUUUAACACAUAUUUUGUUUUCAAAACUGGCACAAAUUCAUGUGUCAACAUAUUUUACAAUAAUUGUCAAAGGAAUUUAAUUAAGAAUUGUAUUUUUAAAGAUUUAUUUAUUAUUUUUUGUGGGAUAAGACAUUGCCAUUCUAUUGAUACUAACGUCUAACAUUAAUGUACUGUUUCUUGUUUUCUUUUAUUUUUAAUAUUAAUAACUAUAAAAGCAUUUUUCAAAGGCUGUUAGAUCCAGCACACCCCAUAUGGAUCUUAGUCUUUGAAUUAAAUAUUUAUAUAAAUAGAUUUUAUUAAUCAAAUUAUUUAUUUGUGUGCCAAUAAUUGUAACUUUAUGAUCAUACCUAUGUUUACGCUUCUUAUUUUAAAUAAUUAAGAUGUAUCUGUGCCUUUUAAUUAGCAUGACAUUCUGCUUUAUUAAAAUAAAAAACUACAAUUAACGUCAUUACUAGUAUAUUUUGCUUAGAUUUGAGAUACUCGAAUGAUGCUGUCUUAUUUACAGUCAGUAAAUAAGUUCAAUUCAAACUAUUUACCUUGAAUAUAAAAUCUAGAUAUAAUAAACUAUACUGUAUAAUUUAAUUUAAUUCAUGCCAAAAUAGUUCUUUUUAUACACACACAUGAAAUAUUCUUAAUUUGUUGUGUAUUGUUUUUCUAAACAAUAAAUACAUUCUAGAUAUUAUUGAAAUUAAACUUUGCCAGUUGUAGGACAAAGACAACAGAUAACUUUUGAAAAUCAAGCAAAU